AUGUUAAAAGCUAACAAAUACAUACAAAAUGCUGCAGCAAAACGGCCUAAAAUAUUCAAAAGUUAUAAGCAGGAUCCUGAAGUAGCUUUGAAAAGGAAGCAAGUACGAGAAAGCAUUAGAACCAAACUAGAAAAUUUUAUCAAGCAUGAUAAUCUUCAAAAUUAUAAAGAAACUAAAUUGCAUCGUAAAACUGACAUAUUUCAAUCCAUAACUAAUGAUUAUACAUUACAUCACGGUCUUAAACGAUUAAAGAAUAAAUAUGAUAAGGACGUUUUUUUAGAUGAUGAUGGAGAAGUUAUUAAUUUACAAGAAUUGAAAAAAGAUGAUAUGAAAUAUAAUAGCCCCAUGGCAAGACUGAUAUUUGACAAUCUUGUGAGGAUUAAACAAUUAAGUGAUAAACGAAUAGAUAGAAGAGUUGUUUUAAGUUUAUUAGGAAUAAAUGGAGAACAAGUCAAUGAUUCAUAUUUUGUAGCUAAACAUGUCUUGGAAUUGCUACAUCUUGAUCAAGAUCCGGAAAGGGCAUUAUACUUAUGUCGUAUAUCAAACAAACUACAAUCUAUAGUGGCUAUGAACUUAGUUAUGAAGUGGUAUCUAGAAAAAAAUGAUUUAAAAACUGCAUUCAAAUUAUAUCAUGAUAGAAAAAGAUGGUUGAUUCCAAGUGAUACAAGUACAUACGUUACUUUAUUUGACGGAGUUGCUAAAAGUUUUGAAUGGGGGAAAGUGGAUAAUAACUACAUGAAUAAGUGUAUUGAUAUUUUCAAAGACUAUAGAAAAGAAUUACAAGAAAAGAAGAAUGAAACUGUUCCAGUCAAAGUAUUCAAUGCUUGUUUGAGUAUUCUUGUCAAAGAUUUCAAUAAUAGACAAGUUGAAGCAUGGAGGUUUUUUGAUGAGUUGAAUAAAAAUGAAGAUUUGGAAUUACAGGAAAUAAUUCCUGAUAUACAAACAUUCACCAUUUUAUUACAAGGUAUAAAGAAGUAUAUUGAGAAUGAAAGAGUUAAAAUACUUGAAUCUACAGAAACUACAGAUGCUAAAACUUUAAAAUUAUUAGAUUUAGAAGUUGGGUAUACGAAAACAUUUGAAAUUAUAUAUAAACGAGUACUUGAAUUGGCUAAACCACCAUCAGAAACAAAUUUUCAAAAUGAAAAGUUAGUUAAAAGAUAUUUAAAGAAUAAAAUAGAUAUAGAUUUACCAUUUUUAUCAAUUUAUUUAUCAUGUUUAAUUAAUAGAUCAUCAGGUACUGGUACUUCUUUAAAAUCUCCGUCACAUUAUUUAUAUAAUGAAUUAGGUUUAAAAAUUCUACAAGAAUUAUCUCCAGAAUUACAAUCAAUAGGCCAGUUUUUAGAAAACGUCACUAAAAAAUCUCCUAUUGAAGUUGAGUCAUCAAUUAAACAUAAAACAGAUAGUAGAAUAAGUUCUAUUUUGAAAAAAUCAGACACAAAAGUAGAUUUACAAUUUUCAAAUUCAAAAGAGGAUUUAAUUCCAUACAAAUUUAUCAAAGACGAAGAGACAUUUAAUUCAGAACUAACCUUCCCCAAACUUGAAAAUAAAUCUGUGAGAACAUAUCAACUGAAACUUAUCAACUUACCUGAAACAAUCAACAAAUUCAUAAUCAAUCAAUAUUUUGAUGGUCUUGUAAACUUAGGUAAACUAAAUGAAUUUGUUUUAGCAUUUUGGUUCUCGAUAAUUAAAUAUGGUGGAGUUAGAUUACAGCUCAAGAUAUUUCAAGAUGAGUCAAAUGUCUUGGAUGGUGUUAUUAAAGGUAAAUUUUAUAAUUUGGACUCAUAUAUAUCAAAAAGUACAGUUAAAGCAAAAGAAUCCAUAAUUGAUAAUUCAUCAUUUAAUUUAUUCAUCUAUAAAGUAUCUGAACAUGGUAGAAGCAAAGGAACAACAAAGACAAACUUAAUAAUUGAAUUGUUUAGAAUUUUUAAUAUGAGACAGAUAACUGCAGAUUCAUCAAUCAAUGUUGAAUUUGAACAUAUUGAUCAUAUAUGGUCAGUAUUCUUUAAUGAUCUCAAAUAUUACAACAACUACAACAAGACAAAUCAUGCACAAUAUAACUCAUUGACGUUUCCACAAUUGAAAGAACUAAUGACCAAUUUACAUGAUUUUAACGAUGCUCAUCUUCUUUGGAAUAGACAUCGAUUUAAAAGAAACAAUAUUCCACCAAAGUCAUAUUUCAAAAAUUUGACUAAGCUUUUCAAUAUUGUGUUAAAUGAUACAAAAUGGGUGAUGACAGAUGAUGAAAAGCUCAAGAUUCAUAAAUUCGUAAUCAAAACAUUUGCCAAAUACUACAAACCAAAAUCAUUAUUGUUGAAAAAUGAAAUUCAUCAUGAGUGGAUCCAAUUAGAUACGUCAUUCAAUUACAUAUUUGAACAUAUGAAAGACAAGACCGAUUUAAAUGCAACUGAUAAGAGAAUAUUAUCAGGCAUAAAAUUAAUUAAAGGUUUGAAUAAGAUUGAAAAAGAUCAAGAGAAAUUCAAAGAAUUGAGAAAUGAAUUAUAUGAGUUAAUUGAAAUUGAUGAAGAAGAUUCACCUAAUAAAGCCAAUGGUUCUGCACCUGAAGAGGAUUAA